AGUCCAAACCUCAAUGCGGUCUGAACAAACUGACCAGGGCCAUAUAAGAGUGCCAUCGUCAGGACUGGUCUAGUGUCACUGUUUACGUGACAGUCUCAUUUAAAAUGAAGGAGCGAAGAGUCAGUCAGCCUUUGGUAAUGCGUUGUAAACUGGUUUUAGUAGGAGAAGUGCAGUGCGGGAAAACCGCAAUGUUGCAAGUCUUGGCCAAAGACUGUUAUCCUGAGACAUAUGUCCCAACAGUGUUUGAGAACUACACCGCUGGACUGGAAUUAGACGAGCAGCGCGUGGAGCUCAGUUUAUGGGACACGUCAGGUUCGCCAUAUUAUGAUAAUGUCAGACCUCUGUGCUACAGCGACGCAGAUGCUGUUCUCCUCUGCUUUGAUAUAAGUCGACCUGACACCGUUGAAAGCGCAUUGAAAAAGUGGAAGGCAGAAAUCAUGGAUUUUUGUCCCAGUACACGCAUAAUUCUGGUUGGCUGUAAGACAGACCUUCGCACAGAUGUUUGCACUCUAAUGGAGCUGUCCAAUCAGAGACUAACGCCCAUCUCCCAUGAGCAGGGCACCUUGUUGGCAAAGCAGGUUGGAGCGGAGGUGUACCUGGAAUGCUCUGCAUUCACAUCUGAGAAGAGCAUCCACAGUGUGUUUCGUUCUGCUGCAAUCACAUGCCUCAACAAACCGCAGGCACCCAUAAAGCAAAGCCCCACACGUCGACUCUCCAAACGCCUCCUUCACCUGCCCAGCAAGGCAGAGCUCCUGACCUCCUCCUUCAGCAAGAAGAGAACCAAGAGCUGCUCCAUCAUGUGAGCCUACACUUGCUGCUCUAGCUCCAAAAAUAUGUUUCGCCCUUCGAGAGUGUUUGUCGGGGGGGGGGUUGAGAGGAGGGGAGGUCAUGACCCCUCCUCUCAACAAUCAUAUUCUUCUUCUUCCAUCCUGACAGACCACCCACAAGCACGCUCAUCCCUAUGUCAAAGAGCAGAUGCCUUUGAAGGUUACACAUCCUUAUGCUAAAUUAUUGAUUGAUUUCCCUUUACCAGCAUUUGGCUUUAUAAAUGAACUGAAUUUUGUAUUAAUGAUCAAUCAGACAAAGAGGGGUUAUUGGAAAUGCGGUGCAUAUUGGACAUUGCAAAAUACUGUACAUUUCGGGUUUGUCUUAAUUGUUAGUGUGCAUACAUGUAUGGGAAUGGGGUUUGAGAUGUGAACAAUCAAAUAUUUAAAAGGAAGCAGAUGUGUUUCUAUUUCACAGUAUGCACUUUAAUGGAUGUGGAUGUGAGAGUAACUGGUUGCACAUGUCAGGCAAGGAUACUGAAAAGUAAAAGGACGAUUGAGUACAAGUUGGCAUUUGUCGCCGUUUCAAUACAGGAUUAUGCUUUGUACUUGUAAAAAGCUCUAUGAGUGAAUGAUCUAAAAAGACAUGAAAGCUUGAGGGGAGAAGCAAAACAAGAUUUUAUUUCCUUCUGAAAAAGGAGGACAGUGUUAUGAAUCUGCAGCUAGAUGGAGCAUCCAAUCACAUUUGUUGAAUCAAAAUGUAUUGCAGAUGCUGACACACACUCUUUCACUCUCUAUUUCAUGUCUACUGAAGUCCUUCAUGCAUUUUCUGCCACUAGAGAAUGGGUCAUAAAUCUCAACCUGUGAGGUGAAGCCAAGCAUUGCCCUUUAGAGACAGGAUUUCCCAGGCAAUUUCUCAGUAUAGAGCAGAGCUCAUGCAGGAUUUAUUGCCACACAGACACCUUCCAGCCGUUUUUUUUUUUUUUUUUUUUUUUUUU